AUGCUGGUCAAAAGUGUGCUGCCACAAAACCAUGCACUUGACUUGCAAGAGAUGUUCACAACCUUGAAGAGGUAUAGGAUGAAGUUGAAUCUCUCAAAAUGUGCAUUCGGAGUCUUGUCGAGAAAAUUCCUCGAUUAUAUGGUGUCGAGCCGAGGAAUAGAAGCCAACCCCAAGAAGAUACAAGUUGUUCUAGACAUGCAAUCUCCGAAGAAUCUAAAGCAGCUCCAGCGGUUGAUGGGAAGAAUUGCGGCACUAAAUCGGUUCAUCUCACGAUCAACCGAUAAGUCUAAAGAAGUAUCUGAUGAGCCUACCUUUGCUAAGCCAGACAAUAUUUGGAGAAGUGUUGUAUCUGUACUUAGCUGCAUUGUGAAAAUCCCCAGGCCAGAGAAUGAAAGAUUAGACAGAGUGGCUCGAACAGAUUCGACAGUAGAUGGGGACACUAAAGAUGAAACACCUAUCCAAAUUCUUUCACAAUCAUCCAUUACCGAGAUGGUGUCGGUCUCGACAGCCGAGACCAUACCUGACUGGCAACUGGAAAAGGGAGUCCUUCAUUCAGAUCGAAAGUUAACUACUCGGUUGAGAAUAAGAGCUGCGAGGUUUACAAUGGUAAAUGGAACUCUUUACAAAAGGGGUUUCAUGUUACCACUCCUCAAAUGUGUUUCAAGAGAGGAAGGAAAUUAUAUCCUCAGAGAGAUCCAUGAAGGGAUCUGCGGAAGCCAUUCUGGAGCUAGAAUACUGGCACACAAAGUUGUCCAAGCAAGUUUCUAUUGGCCUAACAUGUGUCGGGACUCGGAAUUAGUUAGAGAUUGUUAUAAGUGCCAUCGAUUCGCUAAUGUUACUCACCAACUCCCUGAAGACCUGAGUGCAAUCUCUUCACCUUGGCCAUUCUCACAAUGA